GCGCGCCCCUUCGAGUUAAAUACCGACGUGACAGUCAAGCUCUGGGCGCUGUUGCCGCAUUAUUUUUUUCUUUGAAAUUUUUAUUCCAACAUUUCACAAAGUAACGCAGUUCCGGUGAUAAUAAUUUUGGUAAUUACGAAGUGAAUAUGUACAAUUUUUAUGGGAGGAAUGAGAUCGUUAAUUGAAUAGUACAAAACUGAGAACGUCCCAUCAACAAAUUUCAAAUGAUGUACCGAACAUUUUCAUACCGGGAAAUUUCUUGAUUAAAAUAAGUCAUACACUGUAUUAUCCCGAUGAUUCGCUUAUCGCGAGGCAUUUAUUCAUCACGAAUUUACUCGAAUUGCAACGAAUCACGUGAAUGAUUGAACACGAAACACAACAUAUUGAUGGAGCAGGGCGACAAUACUAUCAUUCUUUUAUCAGUUGAUGCCUCCGUUUGAUGAAGGAUUCGUAGUUCCUGUUCGAUUCUCUUAGAAAUUCUAACAUAGUUUAACAUUCGUGUUGAGUCUAACAAUUUUUAUUUUCCUCUUCUGCUGUUGCCACUUGAAAAUGAUAAUGCGGAAUCCUAAUAGCCAAAUGUGCUGCAUAGCCAUUCAAAUCCAUCUUCUGAACAAGAAUGAGCCAUGCUGGGAUUGUCACGCUUGAUACACCGGAGAAUCGCGAGGUGCACAAAAGAAAAAAGCCAGGAUCAAAGAGUAUCAGUACUAUAUCUAAGAUGGUGGGUUUUGGUAGUGGAGAAUCCCUCAGUAAGGCCCUUGCUGACGUAUCCACCGAGCUGACUGUGGAUAGUGAUAAUGAAGGGAAUGACGGUGACACAAGCAGAUUACUCUCAAGUGCUCCACGACACUAUCCCGAGGGGGGUAAAAAGGGUGGGAAGAGUGUCAAGCACUCGGAGAUAACUGACGAGGAGAAUGUCUGGACAAUUUCAGUGCAGAUGUUCAUACCUUUUCUCUUGGCUGGUUUUGGAAUGGUUGCUGCUAGUCUCCUACUGGACGUAGUGCAGCACUGGCCAGUUUACCUCAAAAUUACAGAGGUGUAUAUAUUGGUGCCAGCACUGUUAGGAUUGAAGGGGAAUUUAGAAAUGACUCUGGCAUCGCGUCUGUCAACCCACGCAAAUUUAGGUCACAUGGACACGAGUAACGAACAGUGGACGUUAAUAAUUGGUAAUCUAGCCCUGAUACAGUGUCAAGCUAUGGUGGUUGGACUGUUGGCGUCCUUGGCAGCAGUCAUACUCGGUUGGAUACCAGAGGCACAAUUUGAUAUUCAUCAUGGUUUGUUACUUUGUGCAAGUGCACUUGUCACAGCGUCAGUUGCCAGUUUCCUGCUUGGUCUUGUUAUGGCUGCUGUUAUACUCCUCUCCAGGAGUAUGAACAUCAAUCCUGAUAAUGUUGCAACACCAAUUGCCGCUUCACUGGGGGAUUUAACGACAUUGGCAUUACUUUCUUGGAUUGCAUCGCUUCUGUUCAAUGCUAUUGGUCAACAGUCGUGGAUUGCCCCCACAUUAAUCGUCUGUUGUCUCCUGGCAACUCCGGUCUGGGGAUACAUCGCGGCGAGAAAUCCUUACACGAGGGAAGUACUUGAUUAUGGAUGGACUCCAGUCAUAUCUGCCAUGCUGAUAAGCAGCAUUGGUGGACUCAUUCUCGAUUACACAAUUUCGAGUUAUAAGGGCAUUGCAGUUUUCCAACUUGUUAUUAAUGGAGUUGGUGGGAAUUUGGUGGCUGUACAAGCCAGUAGGAUAUCUACUGCUCUUCAUAAAGAGCAACGCAGUGGGACUUACAAAUUACCUAGUGUCUGUGCUAGUCCAGUUUCUGUUUUUCUAGCUCCAGGUGGACACGCAAGGACUGCCAGAGUGCUUUUAAUGAUGGUCAUUCCAGGGCACUUAAUAUUUAGUUACACCAUUAGUUAUCUUCAAGCUGGUCACACCUCCUUUACUGCAACUUUCAUAAUUGUUUAUCUUUUUGCUGCAAUGCUGCAGGUUGUUCUUCUUUUAUAUAUUGGCCAAUUGAUGGUUGUUUGGAUGUGGAGACGCGGUAUGGAUCCCGAUAGUUCAGCAAUUCCUUACCUAACUGCUGCCGGUGAUCUCUUGGGCACUGCUCUUCUCGGAAUAGCCUUCCACAUUCUCGACGCCAUUGGUGAUGGUGAUUCCGACGUUGGCGACUGAAAUAAGUUUGAUUGUCACGGGUACCAGCUAUUCCUCUUGCUGCUUUUCUUCGAAUGAUUUUUCAUUUGUUCCGGUAAUCGAUAUAAAUUAUACAGUAAUUCAGGGUCAAAUAUCACUUGUACCUGAUACUUGUGUACAGAUUUUCGAAAAAACCUCUGAAGUUCACAAUUUACAUAGAGACGCUGGUAUCUUUCCCCAUUCUUCGCAUUAGCCAAUUUGUAGUUAAAAUUUGUAAUUAACAUGUAAACUAAGACUUUUCUAUGCCAUUUUGGCAUGAAGCGUUCAUGUACUUAGAAUGAUCUUGGCAGUAUUUGAAUGCGUGAAGUAUUGAUAAUUAUGAGUGCAGUAAUUUAUGAGUAGACGUUACAAUGAGAAAGAAAUUAUUUUUUCCAAAAGAGCAUUUGAAAUGAUUAUGAAUAAUAACAAUUGAUAAUAGAAUGCAUUCUAGAUAGCAUGUAAUAUGAUGAUCUUAUCAUUUGAUGGACCUGUGGCACUCUAACUAUUAGUUCUGUAAAUAUGACUGGCUCUAAAAACACCCUUUUGAAAGUAAUCCCUGCUGCGACAGAAAAUUACUUGGUAAAAAAAUUAUUUUCUCAGUUAAGAAGGGUGUGGGAUAAAAUGAGCAUAUUCAGAUUAAUGACAUUUUAAAAAAUCGAAAAUAUCUAUUUCGCUCCACCCAUCCUGUCAUAUCCAUACGGUGCUAAACAGAAAUGUUGAUAAAUGAUAUUGAUUUCAGUUUGAAGUCAACGACUAUUUGAUUUUAUACAUAAGCACUACGCAAUUUUGAGCUUGAAGAAUUAGUACUAUUGCUCUAAUGUAACAAAUUGCUGUGAUUCCUAGAUUUAUCAUUGGACUUUAUACGAAAAUUGUUACUAAAGAUAAGAAUCUAUGACUUAUAUGAAAAUUUUAGAAUUCAUAACGUUUGUCCAUACUAGGCCAGUAUCGGAUGGUUUGUAAUGAUAAAAAUUACAUUACCACCACAAUCAACGAAGCAGAGAUAUUUUCAAUAAAUGUGUGACCUUUUGUAUGUAAAUAAUUAUUCAAUUUAAUACAUUUAUAAUUACAGUUCAAUGCAAAAAUGCCAUAUCUGUUAUCUUUGCAUAACUCACGACGAUAAUAAAGAGCAAACGAAAAUUUCAA